AUGUCAAAGCGAAACCUUCUUCUAUGCUUUGACGCCUUCGGGACUUUAAUCAGACCCGUUCGACCAGUUGCGCAGCAAUACGCCGACGUUGCUCGCCAAUGCGGUUUUACCAACUUCAACGACGAUGAGUUACAAGCCGCCUUCAAAUCUUCCUUUAAACAGGAGUCCAAGAAGAAUCCGAAUUAUGGAAAGGAGACGGGGUUAGGAGCCACGAAUUGGUGGACCAACGUUAUUCACAAGACUUUCAAGUCUUUGGCAAAAGAUGACGAACCCCUGCCAAAAGAUUUGGCUCCGAGGUUGUUGCAUCGCUUCGCCUCAAAAGAGGGUUAUGAGACCGAAACAGGUCUUAUUGAGGCAUUCAAGAGGUUGAAGCAAAACCCGCCUCAGCAUUUUGACAGUCUCGUCAUUGGUGUUAUUACAAACUCAGAUGAUCGUAUCCCCAGCAUUCUCUCAUCCUUGGGUCUUGCCGUGAGCCCAUUGAGAUAUGGCACCGAAUCAAACCUCACGAAGCUCAAAGACAGAACCUACGACGUCGAAUUCCAUUGUAUGUCUUAUGACGUUGGCGUUGAGAAGCCAGACAAGCGCAUUUUCAGCGCUGCAGAACACAUGCUAGCCCAGGUUAUCAGCGCUCGCAGCGGAAAGAGUCUAAGUGAAUCCGAAGGAGAGACAAGUAGUUGGCAAAAGGUGUAUGUUGGUGAUGAUUAUGCGAAAGAUGUUCUUGGAUCAGCCAAUGCAGGUUGGAAGCCGGUGUUACUCGACCCGAAAGACGAAUGUGACAACAUCGCUGAUCUGAGAUAUUGGAGGUCAGCAUCAAAUGAGAGGCCAGAGGGAAGGGUUUGCAAGAUUGAGGAUCACCCGGAUGCGACAUUGGAUGGAGUGUUUGAAGAGCACGACGUUGCGACUGUUCAUUCAAUUCAGAACCUCCUUUCCUGGCUCUUGGCGUCAAGAUAA